CGAGACCCAGCCUACAACCCCAACGCCCAAACCCUUGCCGCUGGAGCCCUGACCUCGCCGCCGCUCGUCCGCUCGCACCACCGACGCCGGCGACCUCCGCGCCGCCCUGAUCUAGCAUUGGCGACCUCAGCGAUGGCGUCGCCGUCGUCGGACAAGCGGGACGAACUGCCUCCCUCGGAACACAUAGCCGGCGAGCUUCCUCGCGACGCGCUGUACGAGAUCCUGCUGCGUCUCUCCGCGAAGGAUGUGUGCCGCCUCCGCGCCGUCAGCCCCUCGUGGCGCUCUCUCACCUUGGACCCGCUCUUCGUCAAGGCCCACGCGGCCCGCCACACGGGCCCGCUCCUCGCCACCACCUUCGUCGACGGCGAGUCCUGCGGCGUCAGCAUCGUGGAUCUGCUCUCCGGCGACGUCGUCAAGCGGAUACGCACCUCCGACCCGCACCUGAGAGUGCAGCGCACGCGCCUCGACCGUGUGUGCCUUGUCGGAGGGCGCCAGCCUCUGGGCGUGCCUGUCACCCUGCUAGACCCGGCCAUGGAUGCUGUCGUCAACUCGUCGCAUGCGUGCCUGAGAGUGCAGCGCACGUGCCUCGACCGUGUGUGCCUCGUCGAAGGGCGCCACCCUCUCGGCAUGCCUGUGACCCUGCUCGACCCGGCCACGGAUGCUGUCAUCAGCUCGUCGCAUGACAUCUCGAUGAAGUAUGCAGGUUUGCUGAAGAUGAAGAGCACAAAUGUAUACAUGGAGUCAUGCGUUUUUGGUAAAGUCCCCUCCACAGGAGUGUACAAGGCGUUCCGCUUCGUGGAAGCUCGCCCUCUGGUUGGCCGGCAGCAGCUAUGCGAGGUGAUGACUCUCAACGGCCGCAGCGCUGGGCGGUGGAGGGCAAGACCAGGACCUCCGGGCGCUGUCUUUUCCGAUCACACGAUGAAAAGCGCGGUCAUCGAUGGGGUUGUGUAUUUCUUGAUGGAUUUUUCAGACAUGGAUCAUGGAUAUUUGAGGGCGGUCGUCAAACCAGCCAGCAUAGCUGCAUUCAGCCUGGAGACAGAACAAUGGAUGCCGACGAUCGACGGUCCGGAACAAGUCAGCAGCUUAUAUGACGAAGAAGAUGUGCUUCCUGUCUUCGAGGACCCCGGAGCUGUGGGGAUUCUUUCGAUAACCAAUUUGAAUGGGUACUUAGUGGUGGCGCAGUUUCAUCAUAGUUUACAUCAAUCUAUGGACCUAUGGUUUCUGAUGGAUCAUGAGAAAGGUCUCUGGGUUAAAAAGUACAGCAUAGAUUAUUACCGUCGGGAGGAUCUUUUUAGUUAUCCUUUGCUGGUGUUAGAUGAUGAGAGGAUUGUCUUUGUAAUGCAAUUAACAGGGCUCCUGCAGGUUUAUGAUCCAAAAACAGAAACUUACACCGAUCUGUGGCAGUUGGAAGAUUUCAAUUCCAUGUGUAUUUACACAGGAAAUCUUCUGAGUCAAGAGGUUCUGCUGAGGCCAAGCAUUCUACAACGUGCACCAUCCAAAUAAGCGCCACUCCUUUACCUGAUGACGAUGUGCGUGUGCUGCUAAUAUGUCGAUGAGGCCAGUUUGCUCAGUUGUGUUGUGUGAGCCUUCUUGCGUAUCUUUAUACCGUCUGCAUGAUCUACUUUGCUGUGUUUCGCUUGCAUGUAUGGAUGGACCAUGUAUGACACUGUCCUGAAGGACUCUUAAUCAUCUAUGCAUCGAA